GACCUAGAUUGGACUCUCCCUUACGACUUGGAUCGAUUUUAUUUCUUGGGCGACGGAUUGCCAAACACUUUUCUUCCCUUCUACUACUAGCUAAUUAUUACUACUAGUUACUGGCUUUCCUUUCGCAGAACAGUAGAUACUGCUAAAUAGCGCAGAUGAUUUUCAGCAUCCUUUACUUUUAUCAUGGCUUGAUUUUAGAUCCAGCAACAUGUACGCCGUUUUCUUGUUCAUUACAAGUUGUGCCUGCGUCUUGUUUGGGGGUGAGGGGGAGGGUGCGUCUUCCAUGCUGCGCACAGCGUGCGUUCUCGAUGAGGAGGGAGGUCUGUGGCGAGCGCGCUUGAAGGCGGCGACGGGCAUGCUGCGCACGGCGUGCGCUCUCGAUGAGGUCGACACGCCGGAGAAUGGGCGGUGCGGCGGGGUGGUCGGUUGAGGGUGCGCUUGACGGCGGCGACGGCCGGCACACCAUGUCCGCAUGCGCUCUGGAUCAGGUCGAUGGAGCGUCACGUGUAGCUCUACGACAUGCUGGAGAAUCGGCCGCCGGCGGGGUGGUCGGUACCCGGCAGAGGUGUGCUAAAAAGGAUGCGCACGUCUUGUAAAGCUUGCAAACUGCGGGAUGGGGAUACAUACAGGAAGUUGGAUGAUAAGAAGAAGCAUUUCUUGGUGUUUAUGAUGGGCGAUUUCCGAGAUGCGAUGAUAAUCCCAGAAGAACUUCUGCGGCGUUUCAAAGGCGAGAUCCCAGCAGAGAUCAAGCUAGAAACCCGAAAGGGUGACAGUCACUCUAUUGUGGUUGCCAGGAACCAACAAAAGCAUGUCUUUACAGUUGGUUGGAGACAAUUCGUUGAAAGCUAUGAUCUACAAAUGGGUGAUUCCGUAAUAUUAAAAUACAACGGAAACUCUCAGUUUAAUGUGAUAAUAUUUGAUAAGCUUGGUCAAGAGAAAGCAUUGUCGGUUCUUCUGGAUCCUUUUAUCACUCAGGUCCAAGACAGGCGCAGUGAUGCACAUGAAAUUGGGUUUUGCAUGGCUGUGCCUUCUGAAAGAUGCAAAGGCUAUCUUGAAUAUCACUAUAUGAACUUGGAUGAUGAAAAAAAAUAUUUGUCUAUGCUUAUGAUGGGCGAUUUUCAACACAAGAUGAUCAUCCCAGAAGAAUUUGUUAAGCGUUUCAAGGGCGAGAUUCCAGGAGAGAUCACACUUGAAACAAAAAAUAAUUGCAGUUACAUAAUUGGAGUUGCCAAGCACCAAGAAAAGCUUGUCCUUACAGCUGGAUGGAACAAAUUCAGUCAAACCUUUGGUCUACUGAUGUAUGACACCAUAGUAUUCAGAUAUAAAGGAAACUCCAAGUUUAGUGUCAUAAUCUUUGAUAAAUUUGGUUGUGAGAAUGCAUUGACAGUUGUUGUGGAUCCUUUUCUGUCUCCUCUUCAAGAAAGUCACACAAAUGCUACUGAAACACUGAACCCUUCUAAUAUUCAACCCCAAUCAGCCCAAAUGCAAUCACCUGUUGAAUCCAUGAACACUUCUCAUGUUCUUCUUCAGCCCAUGGAAAUGCAGCCAUCUACUAGCACGGUGAAUGGGCUGCCAAUGGAGUCACCACAACUGGAAAUAAUGCAGCCCCGCCAAAUGGACAAGUCAUGUCAAGGCAACAUGGCCCCAAUAAAUAUUUCCUCUGAAUCAUCUGAAGAAUUUUUUUCGUCUGAAGAUGAAUAUGGAGUACAUGAUGUGCAUGGUUCCAAUUACAUUGUCAAAAAGAAGAGCAAGCUAUCUUCUUUUCAAAAGGAGCAGUUAAAGGGUGGUUACAUUACCACACAUAAGACCAAACUUACUUUGGUUCAGAAGGAGGCGGUGAAGCAGAAGGUGGAAUCUAUACACUCUGAGAUCCCUAUCGUUGUUGCUGUGAUGAGAAAGUCCAGCAUUGAAUCAAGUUUCUUUCUGACAUUCCCUAGCCACUAUGCUAAGGAAUAUCUUGCAGGGGGGCUUCACGUGUAUCUUCAGUAUCACGACGUGACAUGGGACUGCCGGUUUGGUGACACCCGUGGCGAUAAAAAGCUCUCCAUUGGAUGGAAAAAGUUUGCACAAGACAACGAUUUGAAGAUGGGUGAUAUCUGCCUCUUUGAGCUGUUGAGUAAUCAGAAGAGAACCAUGGAGGUCUAUAUCAUCCGUUUAAAUGAUGACAAUUGAUAAGUCAUACUGUUGUUGUUGCCGAGCUUGCUGACGGCGGUAGACUGGGAAUUGUUUGUGUUGGAGGCAGUGCUUUUGUUGUUGGUUAGUGAAUCACUGGUGAAUUUGAAGAGAACCAUGGUGCUUGUUUGUGACUUGCUGGUUAUUGCACUUUUUUUUUAAUAUAUCCGUUAUUACACUUUUGGUGCAAGGUUGAACUA